AUGCCGCCGGCGAUGUUUGCCGCGUUGUCUUUCCCUAUGACUAAACUGGCGCAUGCUCUUUUUCCCACCGCGAUGGCGAAUGGGACUAUUGCUGGCGCCUUCGCGUUCUACGUUUUGUAUGACUGCAUGCAUUAUGCACUUCAUCACACGAAGCUGCCCUCGUACGUUCGUGAGAUGAAGAAAUACCAUUUGGCGCAUCAUUAUAAAAACUUUGAACUUGGGUUCGGCGUUACCAGCAAGAUGUGGGACUACGUCUUCAACACUGUCCUCCCGUUAUAA